AUGCAGGCGGAGGUGGACGGAGAGAUGGUGAGUUUGUUGAAGCUUCAUGACCUCAGGCACCAGCAGGAGUUGCUCGAGAAGGAGUUGUCCGCUGUGCACCCAACGCCCGAAACGUUACAGAUGCCGGAACCCGUCGAUGCCAAUACCUUUCAAUCUCAAACUGCCGAUUUUCACAACACCCGCGCCAUUUCCCCAGUCGAGCGUUUGGAUGAGAUACGCAGGCGCCAUCGGCGCGAGGCCCAUAGAACGAUGCAGCGGUACUUUAGUGCCCUCAACAACUUUCGUGAUUACCAGGAACGUCGCAUGGAGAAAUUGCGGAACGUGCAACCAUUUUCCUUCGAAGCGCGCGAAUUGAGGAGGCCGCGGGGCAUACAUGCGCGUCGCAUGGAAGAAGACCGAUUGAAGCGGGAGCAAGAAGAACAGCGCGAGUUGAACCGCCGCUUCAAGUCAAAUCCCGUACCGCCUUCCACGUACAUGAAUAAGUAUGAUCUCAUGGUAGAGGAGUGGCGACAACGGCGUGUCAUGGUAGAAGCUCUCGCUGCGGAAAAGGCUGAACGAAUUCGGGAGGAAAAAGAGUUCAUGCAGUUGUGCGUGUCUGGUUUGCGUAACGUUCGUGAGGUCAUGGGUGCGCGCCGCCAGCGGGGGUCGGAAUCGGAUUAUAGUCGCGGUCAUAAUGCAAGGGAUUGCCGCCAGGUGUCAGAGAUCCGCGACGUCCCGGUUGAAGUAGCUCUCAAGUUAUGGCCCGCCAUUGAGGAGCACGAACAGAUACGAGUUGAGCGCAUUAAGCAACGGGCUGUGCAUCAGAUGGAGGAGGUGAAGGCAGAGGAGUCUCAACGCGUUGCUGCAGCAGAGCAAACAGGCCGUACACAACCGUGGUUCGGGAUGACUCCGGUUGAGUUCCUACAACUACAUCAGCGGCAACAACAGCAGCAGGUACAACAACAGGGCGACAGAGCGGCAAACAUCGUGCCGGUGAGCGGUCCGGUUGUAACUGUUUCUUCCCAGCAUACGACAACAGCCCCUCCACCUUCUUCGGCGGUUCCAUCAUCAUCGCCACCCACCGGUGUACUUGUGAUGGCGCCCUUGUCUAAACCAAAGGUCAGCGGAGGAGUUUCAGAAAGCAAAGAAGAUAAGACUCCCAAAAGGCGUUCAAGAAGUACAUCGGCAAAACGCAACCCGAACUUGACGUUUAAACCCAAAAUCCGCGGGGGAGUGCCCAACUUCGAGGCAUUGUGGGCUGAGGAGCGGCUUGCACUUGCAGAGAGGAAACUCAAGCGUCAACCAACACAGGUGGAACCAUUCAAAUUAACGGUCUCAGGCAAAGAAGAAGUUAUUAGGGGUCGGUCACUGCAUCGGAAAAAGCAGCAGCGCCCGGGAUCGGCGACCCGACCAGCCCGCCGGAAACGUUCGGUACCAAAGCCACCGGAGGGGAAGGAAGGCAGUUCUGGAGGCACUGGUGAGGCUGAGGAUAAGAGGGGGUUAUCAGUUCCUAAAGGGACACGAGCACAUGCGAUGCGUACCCAAGCUGUGUUUGAAAGAUACAUCACAGCAGCUGAAGCUAAGCAAUACCAAGACAAGAGGAGUGAGGAGACCGCUGCGUUAAAGGAGGCAUAUCAGCGGCAGAAACGGGUGAAUGCUCGACUGAAGGAGUAUUUGAAGAGCACCCAAGUUAACACUGAUGAUGUUAUCCGCAAAAAGGUAACGGAGUUGCGUCGGCUAGGCCGCGAGGCCGAGCGUGAAGCGGCAGAGCAGCUUAACGAAAUGCUGUCGCGUGUAGUUCAAAUACCACCCAUAUUUGUGGAGCCGGUUCACCUACAUAGUGCCGCCAAGGUGCGUGCGGAGACGGAAAAGGAGAUAUUACGGCUUCUCAAAGAGAGUGGUGUAGAUGGAGGCACAUUAUCUGCUAUCAUACAGGGCUGCGCCGAUGCAAGUGAUGAUGAUAACGCUGCGGGCGCUGAUAAUGCCGCCACUGCUGCGGCCGCAGCUGGUGAAGCCAGCAAAAAAUCGGAACCUGAUGGGGAAGCGCGUGAUAACGAUGAAAAGGAUGAACCUUCCAAGUCUGGAAGCGACGGGGAAGUAGACUCGGGCGAGAAGGGGAGCCGACGGCAAAGCACUGAGGGUUCUAGCAGCGAAUCAGAAUCACAUGAGGGGACGAAGGAAGGUAAAGACAGUGAAUCCAAAGAGACUUCUGAAGGAAAGAGUGACAGCGAUAGUAAGGGUAAAAGUGGCACUGAGAAAGAGGAUAGUGAUAGAGAACAUGAUGAUAAAGAUAGUGAGUACGGCACUGACUUCGAGUCUACUUCUUCGAAGUCGGCAGUGUCCGUAUGA